CCCUUUCUGUGCACUGUGCGCAUGUGCUCAAUCACGUUGGUCAUUGCCCGGAUAAACGGCUCCUACUCGAAGUUUCUAAAUGUGGACAAACUAUUUGCGGUCGAAUGCAUGGAAACUGUCAAUUUGCCCUAGACAGCAGUGAGUGGGAAUGUUCUGGGUUUUGUAUAAUGUGUAUAUGUGGUCAUGCCAAGACAUUCUGGAGAUAACAUGGACUUGACGGCUUAGGGGUCUGGUUUACCCGCAUAUUGCUAGGUAAACCAUUUUGGUUUAAGUUGACAUAUCAGCAGCACAUAAGAAUUCCUCAAAGCAAGAACAAUGUUUGGAUGUCUCGUCGCAGGCAGAUUGGUCCAAACUGAUUCCCAACAGGUGGCAGAGGACAAGUUUAUUUUCCACCUGUCAGACUAUGAACACGUGAACCACGUGGUGAUCUUCAUGUUGGGCACGGUGCCCUUUCCGGCGGGCAUGGGCGGCGCCGUCUACUUCUCCUUCCCGGACCCAAAUGUUGGACAAGUGUGGCAGCUCCUGGGGUUUAUAACGAACGAGAAACCGAGUGCCAUCUUCAAAAUAUCUGGCCUAAAAGAUGUGGGGGGAGGUGGAGCGAAUCCCUUUGGUAUGAUGUCAGCGCCCCAGGCCCCCUCAGUAGCUCAGGUCGGUGUGUCGAUCGAGACUCUGGACCAGCUCGCUCAACAAACUCCGGCAGCCACGGCAACAGUGUCCACCCUGGACACAUUUACUCAGUUCACUCAGAAAAUGAUUGAAAGCCUGUAUAACUUCACCUCAUCCUUUGCUGUGUCGCAAGCUCAGAUGACACCCAAUCCGUCAGAGGUGUUUGUUCCCGCGAGUUCUAUUCUCAAAUGGUACGAAAAUUUUCAGCGACGAAUGCAGCAGAACCCUUAUUUCUGGAAAACGUGAAAAAUAUUUACAGACUUUGAAGUGGUGCCACCAACUGUCCCAUCUACUGAAAGAAGUCCCAAGUGCAAGUUGUUACACCAAGACCUCCGACAUGUCAAAAAAAUUAAUGCAUUGGUGUGAAGAAUUAUUUUCUUCGACAGUGAAUCAAACCAUUUUUUCGUAUUUGUCAAUAAAUGCAUGUUUUGUUAAAAACGAAAGUCCGAGAGAAGCGUAAUGAAAUUUGGCAUGCCUAAUUUACCACCUGCAUUCUGUUCUCCAAUCAACUGUCAUUUGCUUGAAUUCAGCGCAAAAAGGUAGGCACGCCACGUCAUUUGGUGGAAUGUCAGCGUACUGGAAUUUGGAACGCCCCUUCAUUAACUAUACAGCAUUUUUUCUCCACUCACCUGUCUUCAGUCAAAAAUAUUUCUUUCUCGCUCCCACCCACCACCUCGCCUUUCGCCUUCCUCCCGCCGCUGUUCGAUCAAUUCUUCAAGUUCAACUCACUCCAUUGCUCUCCAACCGUCAUCUGCUGGGGGAUGCACAGAUACUGCCCGAGUUCUCAGUGGCGCCCCGUACAUUUCUCCGCCGUGGCAGUACUUCAGCACCACGGCCAGUGAUCUUGCCCAAUAAGCCACGUAAUCUAUCUCAGCUUCUUGUGUGCAGCAGUCCCUGCGGACCCCGUGAAGCACUUUGAUGAUUGGUCCACCGUGUGGACAGCCACUCUCCUGCGAGAGCGGCACGAUCACGAGAAGUCCGUUCUCCAGCGAGAACGAAGAUGUACGCGUACAUGCUUAAUCCAAAUUUUAGAGAGUGAACUAAUGAAAUAUUUUUUGUACAGUCAUUGUGGAUGUACCAUCAUUAUUAUCUUUUGAUAGGACACAUGGGGUAUGGUAUAACUAAAGGUGAAAGGUCAAGUCAAGUCAAGUCGGUUUUAUUGUCAAUUUCUUUACAUACACUGGUCAUACAAAGAAUUGAAAUUAUGUUCCGUACUCUCCAUGCAGACAUAGACAUGGACUUUAGGAGUGGACAUAGACAAUUGGAUUUGACAGUACACAUAAGGGAAAGGUGUUGCUGCAUAUGCUGUGUUCCUUUGAUACACUGGUAAAAUACAACCUCUUCAAGUUUUGUCAGAGGACGCAUUCAACUUCUUGGAAAAAAUGAAUGUCUUCGCAAUAAAAGGUACCACGCACUGAUGAAGGCCUGAUAGCCGAGACGCGUUUGCUUUUGGACAUGGUGGUUAUCUAUAAGUAAUGAGACUUAGUUUGUGAGUGCGGAUUUUUCUUCUUUCACAAAAUACAACCCCUACUAUAAGUUUUGUUGCCUAUCCAUAUUGUUGGGUCAACAGCUAACACCUUGACUUUCAAGUAAUCAAUUGGCUUCAGAAGUCCACAAAUGAAGAACCCUCCCAAAUU